AUGAUUGAAUCCCUGCAUGGUAGCUCAAGUGUUAUUUUGAUGGCGCCAACAGGUGUGGCUGCCAAUAAUAUAAACGGACAAACAAUACACAACGCACUACAUAUAGUCCAAACACGAGGUGGUACUGUUUCCGAUCUUACAGGUAAGGCGGAGCGCCAAUUACAGGAAGAUUUCCGUACUGUCAAAGUAAUUAUUUGCGAUGAGAUGUCAAUGGUUGGCACUCGAAUGCUCUCCAUGAUAGACAAACGUCUGCGUCAAGCAUUCACUAAUCGUCAAGAAUUACCUUUUGGUGGUUGUAUUGUCUACUUUUUUGGUGAUUUCAACCAGUUGCCACCAGUUCUGGAUCGCACAUUACUAGCUCCAGCAGACCCAAGAAAAGUUUCUUCAAUUGAAGGAAGAUUUCUUUUUGAGCAGUUCAAAACAGUAUUUGAGUUGAAGCAGGUGAUGCGUCAAAUUGGAGAUGAUCAGAACUGUUUCAGAGAAACUUUAAAGCGUAUGGCUCUAGGCCAAUUAACUCUAUCUGACUAUGAAUUGCUUAAAACACGAUUUUCAUCAAACAACGUUGCUACAGUAAAAAGUUUCACAAGCGCAAUUCGAAUAAAAGCAAGGAAAGACGCCGUACAUCAAUACAAUCAACUCAUGUUACGGUCUUCAAACAAGCCUGUUGCUUUAAUAAAAGCAAAACAUAACAACUUAACAGCAUGUGGUGCAUCAGAGGAUGAAGCCCAAGGACUACAAGCAACUCUGCAGCUAUCUCAAGGUUGUCGCGUAAUACUACGCCAAAACAUCUGGACCUCCCAAGGCUUGUGCAACGGCAGUCUGGGGAAUGUUGUUGAUAUUGUCUAUGGACCGAAUAGAUCGAUGGAAGACUUUCCAAUUUGUAUUUUGGUCCAUUUUGAUGGAUACGAAGGUCCAACUUUUAAUGGCUCUCUUCCGAUAUUACCACUCACUGUUGGAUACCGAAAAAACAACGUGUCCUGUACAAGAAGACAGUUUCCCUUGCAAGUUGCCUAUGGUAUUACUGUCCAUAAGGCUCAGGGAAUGACAGUUGACAAAGCAGUAGUUGACAUUGGUACGACAGAGUUUGCCCUGGGUCUUACGUAUGUUGCAAUGUCACGGGUUCGGUCCAUCGAAGGACUUAUAAUUGAACCAGGCUUUUCUCAAGACCGCCUUCUCAAGUGUAUCAACAAUAAUGCGGGUUGGGAAACUAAACGUAGAGAACUGGCACGUCUGCGUUCACUUAUACAGCAAUGA